AUGUCUAUUGAUUCAUCCAAUCUUCCAGAUCCCCCAAUGCCAUCUUAUACUUUUACUCUUUACCAUCGCGAUGUAUUUGAAAAAUCAAACUUCAAAGACUACGACUCCAUGCUCAGAGCUCGUCUUGCUCGAGGGCAUACUAGAGCAAGUUAUUUGGCUUCGGUUUUUGAAAAUGGUAACAAUGUUAAAGAAGGGAUUGUUCGUGGACGAGCCACAGGGUUAACGACCACACACAGUGCAGAAGGUGAGCUUGUCGCGUCUUUUUUAAUUGGUAGCGAUUUCAGCAGAAGUUAUUUGCUAGUAGACACUGGCACUGAUUUGGUUUGGUGGCAAUGUGGACCAUGUAGUCGAUGCUAUAAACAAAUAUAUCAUCCUAUAUAUAAUUCUACUGCAUCAAAAACUUUCCAAAAAAUUGAUUGCACUAAAGAUAAUUCGAGUUGCAUCACUGAGGAUCCAGCUUUUAAAUGUAUUGAAAAAAUGCGUUAUUGUCGCUAUGAUAUACCAUACGCAAGUGGUAUCCAAUCAGUAGGUUUCAUGGCGUCUGAGGUGAUUACUUUUACUUCAGACCAUAAAUCACAGAGGAUUAUGUUUGGAUGUGGAAAAAAUCAAAAUGGUGGGAAAGUUAUGUUUAGUGGUGCAUAUUCUGGGAUUGUUGGCCUUAGUCGUAGAGUAAACCCGAAUGAUCCAGGUGGAUAUUCUUUACCAUCACAACUUAACGCGACGUUAUUUGCUUUUUGUCUACCAAGUUUUGAUUCAGGAGAAUCAUCUAUCCUCAGUUUCAAUAAAGCCCCGUGGCCAGGAGCAAGAAUGGCAAAAUUAAUACCAAAUUACAGGUUACCUCAAUUGCAUUUUGUCGAUCUUUAUACAAUCUUUAUUGAUGAUAAGGAAGUUCCAGUGAAACCGUCAUGGUGGCAAUUUGGUAAAAACUUCAAUGGUGGAGUCAUCGUGGAUACAGGGACCAUAAUUACACAUUUUCCUCAAGAUUUCUACAUCUUAUUUCGCGAUAUAUUUAGAUCUGAGGUAGAAGAUCUUCAAAUGGUUGAUAAUCCAAUUGAAGAUUUCGACACUUGUUACCAAGACAUUGAUGGUAGUGAAGUGUACUUUCCUGUUGUGAAGUUGUACUUUGGCAGCAAAAGUCCUGGUUCAAUGUUGUUUCUGGCGCAAGAACGAGUUGUACUUCUCAUAGGUGAUCAGUAUUGUCUAGCUUUUAAGGGAUGGGAUAAAGAAUUAACAUUAUUAGGCUCUAAUCAACUCCAAGCAGUAGGAUUAACUUUUGAUACUUCAGAGAACACUUUGACUUUCGACUUAGAUGCAUGUGAUUGA